UGUACUGACGGAGGAGAAAGUGACGUGUUUUCCGGCAGUGUGAUGAACAUGGCUACGGCGAAGGGAAGAGAGUAAAUAAAUAAACAAACAAACACAUUUUCUCUCACUGUGCCCUAAAAAAAGCGUUUAUAUUUAGUAGCUUAACAAACCGACAGCAUGACGAACCGAACCGCGUAUUUCUAUGAUCCAGACGUGGGGAACUUUCAUUACGGUGCUGGACACCCAAUGAAACCUCACCGCUUGUCUCUCACACACAGUCUCGUGCUGCAUUAUGGACUCUAUAAGAAGAUGAUGGUUUUUAAACCGUACAAGGCGUCUCAGCAUGACAUGUGCAGGUUUCACUCGGAAGACUACAUCGACUUUCUGCAGAAGGUCAGCCCGAACAACAUGCAGGGCUUCACCAAGAGUCUCAACACCUUCAACGUAGGAGACGACUGCCCUGUUUUUCCAGGUUUGUUUGAGUUUUGUUCGCGAUACACAGGUGCCUCCUUGCAAGGAGCGACUCAGUUAAACCACAAGAUAUGUGACAUUGCCAUAAACUGGGCCGGAGGUUUACAUCACGCGAAAAAAUUUGAGGCAUCUGGCUUUUGCUAUGUGAACGACAUCGUCAUCAGUAUUCUUGAACUGCUAAAAUAUCAUCCACGUGUGCUCUACAUUGACAUUGACAUUCAUCAUGGUGAUGGUGUGCAGGAGGCGUUUUAUCUCACAGACAGGGUCAUGACCGUAUCCUUCCACAAAUAUGGGAACUAUUUUUUCCCAGGAACAGGUGAUAUGUAUGAGGUGGGGGCAGAGAGCGGCCGCUACUACUGUCUGAAUGUCCCGCUGCGGGAUGGGAUUGAUGAUCAGAGCUACAGACAGUUGUUCCAGCCGGUUAUCAAGCAAGUGGUGGAUUUCUAUCAGCCGACCUGCAUCGUUCUUCAGUGUGGUGCCGAUUCAUUGGGCUGCGACAGAUUAGGAUGCUUCAAUCUGAGCAUACGAGGACACGGAGAAUGUGUGGAGUUUGUAAAGGGCUUCAAGAUCCCUCUGCUUGUGCUUGGAGGAGGAGGAUACACCGUGAGAAACGUUGCUCGAUGUUGGACGUAUGAAACGUCGUUGCUACUUGACGAAUCCAUUAGUGAUGAGCUGCCAUAUAGUGAAUACUUUGAAUAUUUUGCCCCAGACUUUACACUUCAUCCUGAUGUCAGUACAAGGAUAGAAAACCAAAAUUCUAGACAAUAUUUGGACCAGAUUCGUCAAACCGUGUAUGAGAACUUGAAGAUGUUGAAUCACGCCCCAAGUGUUCAGAUCCACGACGUUCCCUCCGACCUGCUGAGCUAUGAGCGACCAGACGAAGUUGAUCCAGACGAGAGGGGAUCUGAGGAAAACUUCUCCAGGCCUGAAGCUGCCAAUGAGUUUUAUGAUGGUGACCAUGAUAACGAUAAGGAAAGUGACGUGGAGAUCUGAAGAAGCUCAUCUGCAGUCUCUUGGGCGUUGGAUCUUGUCGUGGUUUCUGAAGCCUGCCAUAAGAAAAGCCAUUCGCACGCAAAAGUGUAGUACUUGAUUGCAGUGGGAUGAGCGGGCGAAAGUCUUGCCUUUUACUUCACAUGCUGUGUAAGUGUCUGGUUUGUGUUGUCUAGGAACUACAUUGUCACGAGAACGUAUUCUGUUUAUCAAAGGGAUACAUCAGCUAUAAGACAAACAGUAGGGAACGUCUGCUACACAUAAUACAUCUGUAUUCAACUUCAAUUCAAAAUCAUGGGAUAAUGGCAUUGUAUUGAACUAGUACGCCUAAUAUCCAAGCCGACAUUAAUUACGAAAUAUUUUUGUC